GCGGAGCGUCGGGGGCUGGCGCGGUCGUGGCGGUAGCUGCGGAGGUGGCGGCUGUGGCUUGGCCGGGAGUCCCGGACCCGGCGUGGGGGAUGGGGCGGCGAGCUCCAGCCCGCUGAGGCGGCGGCGGCCGAGAGCGAAGUUCGUCCGGGACGCGGGAUGGAGCCCCGUGGAUUUCAGUUUUUCUGACUGUUAAAUGAGAGGAUGAUUGCUCACAAGCAGAAAAAGGCAAAGAAAAAACGUGUUUGGGCAUCAGGCCAGCUCUCUGCAGAUACCACAACUUCUGAAAUGGGGCUCAAGUCUGUAAGUUCCAGCUCCAUUUUUGAUCCGGAUUACAUCAAGGAGUUGGUGAAUGAUAUCAGGAAGUUCUCCCAUAUGUUACUGUAUUUGAAAGAAGCUAUUCUUUCAGACUGUUUUAAAGAAGUCAUUCAUAUACGUCUGGAUGAACUUCUCCGUGUUUUAAGAUCUAUAAUGAAUAAGCAUCAGAACCUCAAUUCUGUUGAUCUUCAAAAUGCUGCAGAAAUGCUUACUGCAAAAGUGAAAGCUGUGAACUUUACAGAAGUUAAUGAAGAAAACAAAAACGAUCUAUUCCGAGAAGUGUUUUCUUCCAUUGAAACUUUGGCAUUUACCUUUGGAAAUAUCCUCACAAACUUCCUUAUGGGAGAUGUAGGCAAUGAUUCAAUAUUGCGACUGCCUCUUUCUCGGGAAAGUAAGUCCUUUGAGAACAUUUCUGUGGACUCAGUGGACUUACCCAAUGAAAAAGGAAAUUUUUCUCCUAUAGAACUUGACAGUGUGCUGUUAAAGAACACUGACUCUAUAGAAUUGGCUUUGUCAUAUGCUAAAACAUGGUCUAAAUAUACUAAGAACAUAGUGUCAUGGGUUGAAAAAAAGCUCAGCUUGGAAUUGGAGUCCACGAGAAAUAUUGUAAAAUUGGCAGAGGCAACUAGAUCUAACAUUGGAAUACAGGAGUUUAUGCCACUACAGUCUCUAUUCAACAAUGCUCUUCUUAAUGAUAUACACAGCAGUCACCUUUUACAACAAACAAUUGCAGCUCUCCAGGCUAACAAAUUUGUGCAGCCUCUACUUGGAAGGAAGAAUGAAAUGGAAAAACAAAGGAAAGAAAUAAAAGAACUUUGGAAGCAGCAACAAAAUAAACUGCUUGAAACAGAGACAGCUCUCAAAAAGGCAAAAUUGUUGUGCAUGCAGCGGCAAGAUGAAUAUGAAAAGGCAAAAUCUUCCAUGUUUCGUGCAGAAGAGGAGCAGCUGUGUUCAAGUGGUGGAUUGGCAAAAAAUCUCAACAAACAACUAGAAAAAAAGAGGAGGUUGGAAGAGGAAGCUCUUCAAAAAGUAGAAGAGGCGAAUGAGCACUACAAGGUCUGUGUAACAAAUGUUGAAGAAAGACGAAAUGAUCUAGAAAAUUCCAAAAGGGAAAUUUUAACACAACUUCGGACACUUGUUUUCCAGUGUGAUCUUACCCUUAAAGCCGUAACAGUUAACCUCUUCCACAUGCAGCACCUACAGGCUGCCUCCCUUGCCAACAGUUUACAGUCUCUCUGUGAUAGUGCCAAACUCUAUGAUCCAGGUCAAGAAUACAGUGAAUUUGUGAAGGCUACAAACUCAAGUGAAUUAGAAGAAAAGGUUGAUGGAAAUGUAAAUAAGCAACUAGCAAAUAGUGCCCAGACAUCUGGAUACGGACCUGCCGACUCUUUAGAGGAUGUUGUGCGGCUUCCUGACAGUUGCAAUAAAAUUGAAGAGGACAGGUGCUCUAACAGUGCAGACAUAACAGGUCCUUCUUUCAUAAGAUCAUGGACAUUUGGGAUGUUUAGUGACUCUGAGAGUACCGGAGGGAGCAGCGAAUCUCGAUCUCUGGAUUCAGAAUCUAUAAGUCCAGGAGACUUUCAUCGAAAACUUCCACGAACUCCAUCCAGUGGAACCAUGUCCUCUGCUGAUGACCUAGAUGAAAGAGAGCCACCUUCCCCUUCAGAAACUGGACCCAGUUCCCUCGGAGCAUUUAAGAAAACACUGAUGUCAAAGGCAGCUCUCACUCACAAGUUUCGCAAAUUGAGAUCCCCCACAAAAUGCAGGGACUGUGAAGGCAUUGUAGUAUUUCAAGGUGUUGAGUGUGAAGAGUGUCUCCUUGUUUGUCAUCGGAAAUGUUUGGAGAAUUUAGUCAUCAUUUGUGGUCAUCAGAAACUUCUAGGGAAAAUGCAUGUAUUUGGAGCAGACUUCAUACAAGUUGCAAAAAAGGAACCAGAUGGCAUCCCUUUUGUACUCAAAAUAUGUGCCUCAGAAAUUGAAAAUAGAGCCUUGUGUCUACAGGGAAUUUAUCGUGUUUGUGGAAACAAAAUAAAGACUGAAAAACUGUGUCAAGCUUUGGAAAAUGGAAUGCACUUAGUAGACAUUUCAGAAUUCAGUUCACAUGAUAUUUGUGAUGUCUUGAAAUUAUAUCUGCGACAGCUCCCAGAGCCAUUUAUUUUAUUCCGAUUAUACAAGGAAUUUAUAGACCUUGCAAAAGAGAUACAGCAUGUAAACGAAGAGCAAGAGGCGAAAAAGGAUAGCCCCGAAGACAAGAAAUGUCCAAAUGUGUGUAUAGAAAUAAACCGAAUCCUUCUAAAGAGCAAGGACCUCCUAAGACAGUUGCCAGCAUCAAAUUUUAACAGUCUUCAUUACCUCAUAGUACAUCUUAAGCGGGUGGUAGAUCAUGCAGAAGAAAACAAGAUGAACUCUAAAAACUUGGGUGUAAUAUUUGGACCAAGUCUCAUUCGGCCAAGACCCACAACUGCUCCUGUCACCAUCUCAUCCCUUGCUGAAUAUUCAAAUCAGGCACGAUUGGUAGAGUUCCUCAUUACUUACUCACAGAAGAUCUUCGAUGGGUCCUUACAGCCUCAAGAUGUUGCCUCUAGUACAGGUGCUGUUGCAUCUCAGGUUGAUCAGGGGUGUCUUCCAAAGCCUCUGUUAUCACCGGAUGAAAAAGACUCAGAUCGUUCUAUGAAGCCACUAUUUUUCUCUUCAAAGGAAGAUAUCCAUACUGCAGAUUGUGAAAGCAAAAUUUUUGAAUCAACCACAUCAUUUGAGGAGUCAGAAUGCAAGCAAAAUGCAUUGGAAAAAUGUGAUGCUGCUCUUAUUGAAAACAAAAUACAUUUGCUUCUUGACCAAGAACUUGAAUCAACAUCCCAAAAGAUGGAAGGUGUUUGUAAUAGCCCUAAGCUAUUUACUCAGAAAGCUGUUAGAGCAGCAAACAGUGUGCAGAGGCAUGCUGCGAGGACCAAGAUGAGGCCUGUCAGCCUGCCUGUGGAUAGGCUGCUGCUUCUGGCAAGCUCUCCUACUGAGAGAAGUGGCAGGAGUAUGGGACUUGUAAAUUCUGACAAGGUGAGCAAGAAUCCUGCCUUUGAAGGACUUAAUAGAAAAGACAUCUCAACUGCUACUUGUUCCAAAUUUAAUGGCUAUGACCACCAAAAUGUACAGAAAUCCUGGGACAAACAGUAUGAACGGAACAGCUUAAUUGCCAAGACUACAGUGAUUGUGCCCAGUGUACUCCCCGAGAAGGGACUAACAGCGAACAUCAGGAACAGUGGGGACCAUCCCAGUGCUGCCACCCAGUUCAGUAAGCCCUGCACAGAGCCAGUCAGGCCAGCCAGAGAUGCAGCAGAGCGGCGGUCCUCUGAUUCCUGCCCUCCCACUACUGUCAGAGCACCCAGAACACUGCAGCCCCAGCACUGGACAACAUUUUAUAAACCGCCUCCUCCCACCUGCAGUGUCAGAGAGACUGAGGAGAGAUCAGCACCAUCCCCAGCAGCAGUGCCUCUUGUCCCAGUUCACAUUCCCCAGGAUCAGGUGGCAAAACUAGAUCCAGACUCAGAGGUCACAUCAGCUUGUCCUGCACAGCUGACUGGUCAGCCCAAAGACAGCGCUGAGGAGCCUGGCUUGCCUGAUGGGACUCCAGCGUGCCAGAGACCGCGGCUAAAACGAAUGCAGCAGUUUGAAGACCUUGAGGAUGAAAUCCCACAAUUUGUGUAGGGUUGUCAGAAUUCAGGUUUUCUCGGGGUUUUUUGUUGUUUUGUGGUGUUAUUUUGUGAGAAUGUUUUGACAGGGCCCUUUUGUGUAGGAUUGCCAAAGCUUGAGUUUUACUGUUCGUCAUUGUGUUGCUUAUUGAUCAUUUGGGACAGUAGAGUGUUUGGAUAGGGCUGCACUUGGGCUUCACUGGAGUUACCUUCGAAUUCUGUCUUUGAAGUUGUAAAUAAAAUAGGUGGAUUCACAAUUUUUAAGGUUGAUUUUCCCCAUAAGAUGAUCCAUUUAAAUGCAUCCCUAAUAUAAGACACAAUCCCCAUCUAGUAGGUGCAGUUGGGGAAAACAGCUUUAUUUUGUAGAGUGAAACCAAGUGCUUAUUUAUAAAAUAUUUCUGAAUAUAAGUGCCUGAAAGACCUUUAUGGUCUCUGAUCUUCUCCACAUGAUUUUAUAGGGCGUCUUUGACUGUUUGUGCCUCUCUUGUUGGAUGUAAGCCUUUAUUUUUCAAUUGGCAAUUCACUUUUUAAUAUUUACUUAAUGGCCAAAGGAUUUGCAAGUCUAUAUUUAAUUGCCUUUUAAUUGCCAGUUUUUAUAUAUGGUAGUUAAACUGUAAAAAGAAAUGCACUUAAACCUGAAUUGUGUAGUUCAGUUACCUCUUACUUGGCUUUAGAUGUUUUUAAUACAUUUGAUUUUUUUUUUUAAUCCCUUAGCUUUGUCUAUGUAAACUUUUUUCAACAAUUCGGAACUUGGUAGUAUUUUAUAUAGUGGUCCAAAAAGAUGCUUGUUUCAGAAGUUUUAAAAUUCAGUACAUUUCCCCUUUAUAGUGUCGGGUUUUGUUGAAACUGUUCCUUUUGUAUGAAAUGUUUUGAUUUAUGAAUCAUUUUAUAUACUUUUUUUCUACCUGGACCAUUGAAAAUGUAUAGUUCAUUCAAAUGGAGCAAAGAUUUAUUUAAGUUGAGCCCUAGAGUACAGUUCAAUAAGCCUGGUGUUUGGAAAGUUGAGAGAAAGUGUAAAUGAUGAGAUGUUUCAUUCAUAAAAAAACCUAGUUUUCAGAACUAGUGCAUUCCUUUUGUUUUCUGUGUAUCGUUGUUCUGUCUUAAAACAGGAUAUAAAAGGGAAACAAAUACAGUAGCCUUUUUUGUAUGUGUGAAUUUUAUUAUGCUUUUGUAUGACCUUGUUAUAUUUGAUAAAUAUAUAUGUAUAUAUUCACUUGUUAAAUUAUUUCAAGUUCUCCUGGCUUCUCUGACACUGUUGUCUCUUGAAUUGUGAUACUUCAGUAUAAUUAACCAUUGACUUAGGGGUCAGCCUUGGGUUCAUGCAUCCCUUAACUACAACACGGAGUGUCAUAUGACAAGUUGUGAUGCUCUGUGACAUUAAGACCCGGGGGAUGCAUAACCAGCCUUUCCAUGGUGCUUUGUUUUCACUCCUCAUUGCAUGCAGUGUAACAGUCACAUUGCUAUGAAAGCCUAAGCAGUUAUUGAGCCCCUUCUGUAUGCUAUGAACUUCACAAAGUUUCUGCAUAAAUUUUUAUAGCAGCCUAUUGUUGUUCCUGUGCCACAGAUGAGGAGAGAGAAGCUUAAGUGGUGUGCUCCUAAGUUCCACAGGUGUAGCAAGCACAAUUUAACCUCAAACACCAGGUUAUAAGAUUUUGAUGGUUAGUGCUCUUAGUGUUUACUAAAUACUAUCAGAGAGUAUUUGACAAUUAAAAAAAAUUCUUAUUGUAAAAGACAAAAAGAUUUUCAUUUGAACCAUUUUUAAGUGUAUGGUUCGGGGACAGUAAGUAUAUAUUCACAUUGCUAUGCAAGUCUGUCCAGCUGUCCAUCUCCAGAACUUUUUCAUCAUCCCACACCAAGACUUAGAAAAUGUACUUUCUAAACUCUGUCAGCUGUAGUUUGUGGAGAGCAGUCAAUGAACAUGCCAUGCAAUAAAGCUGCCAUUCUGUCUCCCCUCACUUCAACCUAAAGUGACCAUUGCACUUUGGGGUCUUACUGCUUUUAGGGCUUCCUGGCGCCUUUUCCAGCUUGGAGCCAUCAGCCUAUAGAUGCUUUCUGUUUUCCUGGGGAAAAUUAAGGAAGCAUCUCCCAAGAAAGGGUUGCAAUUUCUAGGGUUCCCACAGUAUCCCUGUGCCGUGCUACCCAAUAAUAGUAAUCAUUCUCUGGGAAGUUGAUUUAUGGUGGCUGGAAAGAGAUGUAAGCAAGGAGAAAUGGCAGUAAUUGGAAGGCCUUUUUGUAGCUGCCAGACGACUAGAAAGCUUCUUGGAAAUUGUUGACAAGUGGUUAUGAAAGAUUGAUCAUACGCCCCUAAGUAGGCUUAAUAGAACUUGUGAUUCUUUUAAAUUACUUUUAAUGCACCAUGGUCAAAAGAUUUCUUUUGAGAUGAAGACAAUAUGAUCCCUGUGAGGACUUGCUAGUGACCUCACAAGCAAGUUGAAUUGUACCUCACUUCCUUUGAUGAUCUUAAAGAUGGUACCAUUCCCAGCUAUCAAUAUGUUGCAGUAUUUAUGUAAAUAUACAUGUUUCAUUAAAUGGUGUUCUACUCUG